CUGGGAGUGGCAGGAGGAACGCGGAGGAGAAGAAGAAAGAGGAGGAGGAGACGGAGGAGGACAAGCAGCUGCACUCGCCACAGGAUUCCCCAAUCACUAUCUCUGCUCAGCAUCUCCCUCCAUCUACAGCAAAACAGCAGCAUGGCAGAAGGCUCGGUGUCGUCCGCAGACGUGGCAGCUGCCUUCAAGAAGUUUGCGAUCCAUGGAGACACCAAGGCCACAGGGAAGGAGAUGAACGGCAAGAACUUUGCUAAGCUCUGCAAGGACUGCCGCAUCAUCGAUGGCAAGAAUGUCACCACCACGGACGUCGACAUCGUCUUUACUAAAGUCAAGGCAAAGUCAGCUCGUGUAAUCACAUAUGAGCAGUUUCACCAGGCGCUGGUGGAGUUGGCUCCUAAAAGAUUUAAAGGGAAAAGCCAGGAGGAGGCGCUACAGGAUCUUUAUGAUCUCAUUGGUGGGAAGGAGCCGUCCAACGUUGGGAUCACUAGAGUGGCAAAGGCAGCUGCGGUGGACAGACUGACUGAUGUCUCCAAGUACACUGGAUCCCACAAGGAGCGGUUUGACGAGUCCGGCAAAGGAAAAGGAAAAGCCGGGCGCGAGGAAAUCCCAGACACCAGCGGCUACGUGUCGGCUUACAAGGGCCAGGGCACCUACGAUGACAAAGUGAAAGAAGCAUAAUCCGGCCGACAAAACAAAAACUUCACAUCAUGAACUUACUUGCUGGACACGUAAAGCAUAAAAAAACAGCUCAAGUACAAACAAGAAAAUCAUUCAGAUAGGAGUUAGGAAGUUUUCAUGUCACCAGUGAUAGCCAAAUGGGAAACAAACCGAUAGUAGUCCAAAGAAAAUAAGAAUAGAGAUCUAUCAGUACAUACAUACAUACAUGCAUUUUAUUUUAUUUUAUUUUUGAAGGGGUCUUAGCAUGAAAAACGGGGUGCACUGUACAUUUUAAGCGAUUUCAAAGGGACCAAAAAAGAAAAAGCCAAUUUUAGCUCAACCCGCCUUUUAGAAACUAACUCUGCUUUGUACUAUAGCCUAACACUGUGCCUUAUUAUUAUACAGGUUGCCGCUUACAUGUAUAUCCUGAUAUAAUGUUGUGCUAUUUUCUGUCACAUUAUCAGCAAUGAUGAGAGUCCACACACUU